AUGCAACGACAACACCUCCUACUCAAUCUCCUACUGCAGCAGCAACAGCAGCAGCAACAGCAGCAGCAACAGCAGCAGCAACCACAGCAGCAACACCAACACCAACAGCAACACCAACAGCAGCAGCAGCAACAGCAGCAGCAGCAACACCAACAGCAGCAGCAGCAGCAACAGCAGCAGCAGCGGCAGCAGCAACUGCAGCAGCAGCAGCAGUUUGUGUAUUUUACAGAUGCAACAGAAGCAGUGAAGAUAACUAUCUCGUAUAGCUUAGCCAUCUCCUCAAGAAACUCCUCCACACCUACACACUCAACCCUAAACCCUAAACCCUAA